AUGUACGUGGAUGCAGUGAAGAAAGAACUUCCAAACCCUAAAACAUCAUCCUAUGACGCUCUUGUAGAGGCACGGAAGGACUAUCUUAUAAUGGCCAAGUUGCACUUCUUCAUGGCUAUCUCCAGGACCUUCACCACCUUUCUAACUACAUAUCAGACAGAUGAGCCUGUGAUGCCAUUCAUCAGCAAAGACCUGGCUGUGCUCAUGAAGAGCCUGCUGAAGAGGUUCAUCAAGGCAGAGAUCCUUAAAGACAUCACUACACUGCAGAUGGUGAGACUCGACACGACUGACAAGAAAACAAGAGUCCACCUAAAGGAUGUGGACAUUGGCUUAGGAGCAGAAGCAGUCCUAAAGGAACUCCAGAGUAGCCCCAGCAGCAGUGUAGGAGAGCUCAGUGUGUUGGAGUUUAGAAGAGACUGCAUGGAGUGUUUGACUAACAUUGUCCAGAAAAUGCAAGACAAGAGUCCACUGAAGUACAACACUGUGAGGCAGAUGGCAUGUUUGGACCCAGCAAACAUGUUCUCAGACCCCGACUUGUGCCAGGAAAGAAUGAAACGACUUGUUCAGAGGUUUCUGCAAGACAACCAGCUGUCAGGAGGUGUCUCUGCUGGUGACAUGAUUGUCCAGCAGUUUGGAAACUUCUUGUCUCUGGAGGCAAAAGCUGAAUCCUUCUCUUCUUUCCAACCUGUGCGGACAAGACUGGAUGUUUUCCUGCAUGGACUCCUCCAUCAGUCCUACCCUGUGCUCUGGACUUUCUGCAAGAAACUUCUGCUCCUGUCUCAUGGUCAAGCGACAGUUGAGAGGGGCUUUUCUGUAAACAAGGAGGUAGAGGCUGAUAACAUGCAGGAGGACACAGUUGUUGCUCAGAGAAUGAUAUGUGACUAUGUUUCUGUCUGUGGUGGGGUUCUCAAAGUUCCUCUGACAAAGGAGCUCCUGGCAGCUGCAGCCUCAGCAAGGUCUCAGUAUCGGCUACACCUGGACCAGGAAAAGAGAAAGAAGGAGAGCAACACACGAAGAAAAGAGAAAAGUUGCAGAGGAGUACCUUGA